ACAUACAAAGGCCACAAUAUUUAGAAAUAUGACACGUAAAUAAGUCUAUGUAAGCUGCAACAUAUGCUUUUAUGUAACCUUCAUGUUAUUUCACAAAUACAUCCUAGAUAUAAUUAUUUCUUGUUACUCUUGUAUGAAGAAUGAAGACAAGCAAAAACUGUAAUGUAUUCUUAAUUAUUAUUUUUGGUUAUUCUUAUAUAAAUCAUGUAUAAACACUGUCCAGGGAAAACCUUAGAAGAAUAUUAUGUAAGGGGGAAAAAAGGAAAACGUAAUUUACUAAUUUUGAAUGUGCACUGGUAGCUAGAAACAAUUUCUGCAUAGUUGAAUCCAAACAGCUUUGUGCCUUUCAUGUGAAUUAAAUUGAACUGCAGCUACAGCCUAUACUAUACCUAACUGGAAUAUAAUGCUCUCACAGUCAUUGUUUCCUGCAGAGAUUCCAGACAUUAAUGUGAUUUUGCUUUGUUUUUUUUGCAAAUCUAGUAGAGGUUGUUGUAGUUAAACAGCUUUUACCUUUUACUUGUUCCCCAAAACUGCUCACAGCAUCUAUCCCGAACCAGAGGCCAUUUUUAUUUUUACUUCUAAUUCAGAAAAGCAAAUAAAUGUAAUCUCCCAAAUUGCCCAUGUUAACAGUUAACCAUCAGCUCCAUUGUACAUCUAGCACUAAAUUGCUGAAGAAGACAGGCUGCUUGUUUUUUAACAACUGUGUUUACUCCUCUAGAUUGGUGAUGUGCAUUUCCUGAAGACAUUUCCUCGAGUCAUGGUGAGUGUCAGACGGUUCAAUUGUAAUCUGCAGGUGUCAGAGAGGCACAUACAAGCACUGUGAGAGGGAUCAGAUGUUGAGAGAAGUCCGAUGCCAAACACUGGGCAAUAGUCAAUCAACGAUAAGUCAUGGUGUGUUGUGGAUUUCUUCUACAUUGUUUGACAGCUGCUAAAGUGAAAUGUGACCAUUUUAUCUUGAAUGUUAAGGAUGGUUAUGGUCCAUCCAGUGACAUCACACAGUUGAUGAGAUGUGGAAAAUGUCCACCCGCCUGCUUGAAGAGGUCUUUGUUUGAGAGUGUCUAUCUCAUAAUUGUCAAUACAUUAGUUACAAAGUGAUGUUGGAACCUGGUUUUUAGCCCAGUGACGUCGCCCUCCGCCAUGAAUCACAAGAAUACAACCACCUAACAAUCUGUCAAAAAGGUUAACUGUUGAACAGUUCCAUUUGUUCUGUCCUGAACCCAUCAUCUCCCCUCCUCUUCCAUGCACACGUGUCAUACACCCACCACCCUCUACGUCAGUGGCAGACAGGGGGAGAGGUGUAUAAAAGAGUAGGGACUUUGGAGGUAGAGCAAAAGAAACAUCAGUGGUUUCCAAAUCUUGUGACCAGCUCCAAACCACUUUCUCCACGCCUCUCCUUCUGGAUCUCUGGCUAGUCUGAGCUGCUCAAACUCUCUCUCUCUCUCUCUCUCUCAAGCACACACUCCUGUCUCUGUGAGCCUCCUGCUCCUGUGACUGUAGUCUCUGGUCCGUCACCUGCACUCCUGUCACAGCAUGCAGCUCCUGGUGGUGUUAGCAGCUCUCAUGGGGCUUCUGUUCAGUGUUAGAGCAGCCGCCGUGCUUCCUGUGGAUGAAAGGAGCCCCGUCCAUGUGAACAGGGAGCUGAGCAAAGAGCGCAAGGAGCUGAUCUUGAAGCUUGUGUCUGGCUUGCUGGAUGGAGCUCUGGACACCAACUUGCUGCCGGGGGAAGCGGCACCUUUGGAUCUUGAGGAGCCGCUUGAGUCUCGUCUGGAGGAGAGGGCUGUCUACAACAGACUAUCACUGCCUCAGCGUGACCGCAAAGCGCCCUGUAAAAACUUCUUCUGGAAAACUUUCACCUCUUGCUAACAGUGCCCAAAAGCACCCGGCUCUGCCUGCCUAUUGUACUCCUUCGCUCCCAUCUCCACAUGAACUGUAGUAGACCACAGCUGUACAUAUCAUCUACACCUGUCAGACAUGCAGCAUCGAUGGACUUCACUGAGACAGUGUGUCUGUUUGAAUAUUGAUUAUUUAUGUAUCUAUUUAUGUAUACAAUGUAUGUAUUUAUGUAUGUAACAUGUUUCUUUAAGGGUCAACAAUAAAGCAUGGAUAUAAUAUUUCAGAUGGUAAUCACAGUUUAUUGCUUUUGCAAAUUGUUCAAAAAAGAAAAAGUCACAUUUUCCACCUGCUUUUACAUCAUAAAUGCAAAGUCAGAUUUCAUGCAAAAAUGAUUGCUGUAUU